UUAUUGUUCAAUUGAUUUGCGACAGACAACCUCCUGCCUUGCGCUUCUGCAAGUCUACGAUCCUAUACAUCGCCCUUAUACACUAAUGACAGCAAGGAUCCUGGAGGCAAUUGACUGAGACUGUCAAUAUGCAGUGCUAUACAGAGCUCACGCCACCCACUGGUGUGCAGUACAGUCUCAGCUUGCCCUUCAUCUCGGCGCAAAGCAAUAAUCUGGUCGUCGCAAAGGGCUCUUUACUGCAGAUCUUCUCGACAAAGACCAUUUCCUCCGAAGUCGACACAUCGCAGACCCGAGAGCAGCAGGCUUCGAGAGCCGAAGAACCUUACGACCGCCGAUUGAACGACGAUGACGGCCUCGAGUCCUCCUUCCUGGGCGGCGACGGCAUGCUGGUUCGCGCCGACCGAUCAAACAACACCAAGCUCGUGCUUGUCGCCGAAUUCCCAAUCUUUGGCAUUGUGACGGGACUGGCAAGAAUAAAAUUGCAACACUCCAAGUCAGGGGGUGAAGCUCUCCUGAUUGCUACAAGAGUUGCCAGGCUGAGCUUGGUCCAGUGGGAUCCUGAGAAACACGCACUCGAGGAUAUCUCCAUUCACUACUACGAGAAAGAAGAAUUAGAAGGGUCGCCGUUCGAUGGUCCAUUGAACAAUUACCGCACAUAUCUUGCUGCCGAUCCAGGUUCGCGAUGCGCCGCUCUCAGGUUUGGCCCCAGAUACAUCGCCUUUCUACCCUUCAAGCAAGUCGAUGAGGACAUAGAUAUGGAUGACUGGGAUGAAGAUGUGGAUGGACCUCGGCCGGCAAAAGAGCCGUCAGCUGCAGCGGCCACAAAUGGAACUAGCAACAUAGCAGAUGUACCACACUCAACAUCAUACGUCCUCCCUCUACCACAGCUUGAUCCCAGUCUCCUUCAUCCUGUGCACCUCGCCUUCUUGCAUGAGUACAGAGAGCCCACCUUUGGCAUCAUAUCCUCGACACAGCGCCGCUCCCACACCUUACCUCGCAAGGACCACUUCUCUUACAAGGUCUUCACGCUCGACUUGCAGCAAACCCGAAUCCAACAACGUCACUAUGGUUCAGCGAAGCUUCAGAGAAGCUUCAAGUCUGUAUCCCCGAAUGGUGUGGCUGUCAAUGCUUUCACAAAGGAAACCACAAACUUCCCUCUUGCAGAUCAGUCCGAUCUGGAUUUGCGGCUCGAGAAUUGCUACAUUGAACUCAUGUCUGCAGAGAAUGGGGAGUUGCUCAUGGUCCUAAGCGACGGGCGACUGGCCAUCAUCACCUUCAAGAUCGAUGGACGCACAGUCUCAGGGGUCAGCGUUAAGCUCGUCCCAGUCGAAGUUGGCGGCAAUGUUGUUCAAUGCAGUGUUUCCUCCAUCUCGAAGCUCAGCAAGAAUGUCUUCUUCCUAGGUACUACGGGAAGUGACUCACUUGUUCUCGGCUGGACACGAAAGCAGGCGCAGAAUGCACGCAAAAAAACACGGUUGGUCGACGAUUCAUUCGAGUACGACCUGGACGAUGAGGAUAUGGAUGAUGACGACGACGACGAUCUGUACGGUGAAACGACGACAACACCGAUUCAACACGGUGCGACUGCCAAUGGGGUUUCUAAAGGAGGAGACUUGAGUUUCCGCAUCCAUGAUUCCUUGCUGAGCAUAGCGCCUAUCAAGGAUAUGGUAUCAGGCAAGCAAGCGUUCGUCCCAGAUAGCGAGGAGGAGAAGAACUCAUUUGGUGUCGUAUCUGAUCUGCAGCUCGCCUGUGCGGUGGGUAAGGGCAUUGCUGGCGCUGUUGCUAUCAUGAAUCAGAACAUCCAGCCGAAGGUCAUCGGCAAAUUCGAGUUUCCAGAGGCUAGAGGAUUCUGGACCAUGUGCGUCCAGAAACCCAUUCCGAAAUCCUUGCAAGGCGAUAAGGGGGCCAAUGCCGCAGUGGGCAGCGAGUUUGACGCUUCAUCUAUAUACGACAAGUUUAUGAUUGUUUCCAAGGUCGAUCUAGAUGGAUACGAGACGUCAGACGUUUAUGCUCUUACUGGUGCAGGCUUCGAGGCGUUGUCAGGGACCGAAUUUGAUCCCGCGGCUGGCUUCACCGUGGAGGCGGGUACUAUGGGAAAACAUCUGAGGAUCAUUCAGGUUCUCAAAUCGGAAGUACGGUGCUACGAUGGAGAUCUCGGGCUGAGUCAAAUCCUUCCAAUGCUCGAUGAGGAUACCGGUGCUGAGCCCCGGGUGAUCAGCGCCAGCAUCGUUGACCCUUACCUUCUUCUCAUACGGGACGACUCGAGCAUUAUGGUGGCUCAGAUAGACAGCAAUUGUGAGUUGGAGGAGAUGGAAAGAGAAGACGACACAAUUCUCUCUACGAAGUGGCUUGCCGGAUGCCUGUACAAGGACACCCACGAUCUCUUUGGCCAAAGGACAAAAAAUGAGGCCGCGACAGGAGACCACCACAUUUUUAUGUUUUUGCUGAGCGCGGCAGGGGCUCUCUAUAUAUACGCUCUCCCUGACCUUUCCAAGCCAGUCUACGUUGCUGCUGGCUUGACCUACGUCCCCCCUUUCCUCUCUGCAGACUAUGCCGUCCGACGAGGCACCGUCCAAGAGACGCUGACUGAAAUCUUGAUGGCCGACCUUGGGGACGCUACCGCGACUUCACCACACCUCAUCCUUCGUCAUGCAAAUGACGAUCUUACUAUAUACGAACCGAUUCGUCUCACAAAACAAGACGAAUCCGUUGGUCUGGCCAAGACUCUUCAUUUCCGCAAAGUCAACAAUCCUUCUCUUGCCAAGAGUCCUGUCGAAGUUGCCGAUGACGACGCCAACGAGCAACCGCGGUUUGUCCCACUUCGGGCUUGCAGUGACAUCAGCGGUUACAGCACCGUCUUCUUGCCUGGCGCCUCGCCGUCCUUCAUCAUCAAAUCCGCCAAGAGCAGUCCGAAGGUUGUCGGCUUGCAGGGUAUUGGUGUGCGUGGCAUGAGCUCAUUCCAUACAGAAGGCUGUGAGCGUGGCUUCAUUUACGCUGAUUCCGAGGGCCAAACGCGAGUUACACAGCUUCCCACGGACGCGAACUUUGCCGAACUGGGCGUUUCUGUGCGCAAAAUUCCCGUGGGAGAUGCGGUUGGCCUGAUUGCCUAUCAUCCACCAAUGGAAACCUACGCCGUUGCGUGCAGUGUCUCCGAGGCCUUUGAGCUGCCGAAGGAUGACGACUACCACAAGGAGUGGGCUAAGGAGACCACAACCAUAUACCCCCGGACCGAACGCGGCAUCAUCAAGCUCAUGAGUCCUACCACCUGGUCUGUCAUCGACACGGUAGAGCUCGAGCAGCACGAGGUAGCGAUGUGUAUGAAGACGCUUCACUUGGAAGUCUCUGAAGAGACCAAGGAGCGUCGUAUGCUCAUCACCAUCGGUACCGCUAUUAACCGCGGCGAGGACCUGCCCAUCCGCGGCCGUAUCCUCGUUUACGACGUCGUCCCCGUCGUCCCGCAACCUGGACGCCCGGAGACGAACAAGAAGCUCAAGCUCGUUGCCAAGGAGGAAAUCCCUCGCGGCGCCGUCACCGCUAUCUGCGAGGUCGGUUCCCAAGGGCUCAUGCUCGUCGCCCAGGGACAAAAGUGCAUGGUGCGCGGUCUUAAGGAGGACGGCACACUACUGCCCGUCGCCUUCAUGGACAUGAACUGCUACGUAACCGCGGUCCGCGAGGUCCGCGGCACGGGUUACUGUCUCAUGACGGACGCUUUCAAGGGUGUCUGGUUCGUCGGGUACGCCGAGGAGCCAUACAAGAUGAUGCUCUUUGGCAAGAGCGCGGGCAAGUUCGAGGUCUCGACGGCCGACUUUGUUGUUGCCGGCGACGAGCUGCACAUUGUCGUCUGCGACAAGGACGGUGUAAUUCACGUGAUGCAAUUCGAUCCAGAGCAUCCUAAAUCACUCCAGGGUCAUCUCCUCUUAAACCGUGCUUCCUUCUCUGCGGCACCAAACCACCCAACAGCAGCCCUCUCCCUCCCCCGAACCUCAGCAUCCCCGUCACCCGCCAACGCCUCCAAGAACCCGCCAACGACCCUCCUCCUGGCCUCCCCGACGGGCGCCCUCGCCUCGCUCAAUCCCCUCGGGGAACAAGCCUACCGCCGCCUGACGUCCCUCGCCAACAGCAUCGCCGGCGCCGUGCCCCAGGCCGCGGCGACGAACCCCAAAGCCCACCGCCUACAGCCCCUCGACGCGCGCACGCCCGGCGUCGACACCAGCGCGGGCCGCAGCAUCGUCGACGGCGCGCUCCUCGCCCGCUGGAACGAGCUCGGCGCCGGGCGCCGGUUCGAAGUCGCCGGAAAGGGCGGCUACGGUGACGUCCUCGAGGUCAGGGGCGAGUUGGAAGGUGUCUUGGGAUGGAGCGGCAUGGCCUACUUUUAAAGAAGCAGAAAAUUUUCAGCCAUUCUUUUAGAUAGAUCUAAAAAUGAGGUGAGAAUCUGGAAUUUUGGCGAAUGUUUGAGAGAACAGAACGGGGGGUCGAGAACGAAAAGCAAGACAGGGAGCUAGCUGCUGAUGGGGUUUCUGGUCUUCUGGCAGCGUUCUCUUACUGGGGAUAAGCAAACAUCCGAGAUAGAGCAAAGCGUAGCGCUCGUGUAGUAUCCUCUAUUCUAAGGCGUCAUUUUUGUGAUUGACAAAGACUUUGUGAAAUAAUGCCAUCACAGCGAGUAUAUUAGGAUGUGGGACGAUUAUUG